AUGGACACGGCCCCCGAGCACAACUGCAGCUCGCCGGCUUCCUCGCCGUCCUCGCAGGGGCAGGUGAUGCCGACGUCGCCCACGUCGCCGACGCCGAAGCGCCCCGCGGGGCGCACCAAGCUCAAGGAAACACGCCACCCGGUGUACCACGGCGUGCGCCGCCGGGGCCGCAACGGCCGGUGGGUGUGCGAGAUGCGGGUGCCCGGGAAGCGCGGCGAGCGGCUCUGGCUCGGCACGCACGUCACCGCCAAGGCGGCCGCGCGCGCGCACGACGCAGCCAUGCUCGCGCUGCACGGCCGCUCCGCCGCGCGCCUCAACUUCCCUGACUCCGCGUGUCUUCUCGCCGUGCCCUCCUCUCUCUCUAGCCUGGCAGACGUCAGGCGCGCCGCCAUCGGGGCCGUCGUGGACUUCCUGCGCCGGCAGGCCACGAUCGCCGGCGCCAGGGCUGCCGAGGUAGUUCCCGUCAACGGGGUCGCCUCCGUAGCGCCCGCGCCGGGCAAUGCCAGGUCGUCGGCGACGUCGUCCCAGCAGCCUUGUGCCAAUGCUGAGUCCGAGGCGCCUGACACAUUGCGCGGCGGCCUGCCGGAGCUCCACACUUCCGGGGAAAUGGACGUGAGCACGUACUACGCGGACCUUGCGCAGGGGCUUCUCCUGGAGCCGCCGCCAUCGGCGGCCAGCGACUGCAACGACGGCGGAGAUGAUGCGGUGCUAUGGAGCCACUGA